UUAGAAUCGGGCGGUCUGCGCGUGAUACAACGGUACGACGCGCGAGCGUUUACGGCACGAACGCCGACGAUGUGUCGGCACUGACUUAACAAGAGCUACGACUGGUAAAACGACGGGCGAAAUGACAACGCAUGGACCUGUGCUUCUGCGAGUGAUCGUCAGACUACUAUGGCUGCUGUGGACGGCGGAGCUACUGCGGGCCGAAAACUUUACGAUAGGCUAUAUCACCGGGAGCGCCCGCAGGCCCGGCAACAACGAGUACAACCGGCCCGGGCUGGCCAUCAGCGGAGCAAUCACGCUCGCUGUCAACGAGAUCAACGCGAAUCCCGAUCUGUUGCCCAACGACUAUUUGAACUUUGCGGUGGCCGAAACGUACGGCGAAUCCGCCGAGAGCCUGAAACAAACUGCGCUGUUUUGGCAAAGCAAUGCGGCAGUUAUUAUUGGUCCGCAAGAGACGUGCGUUUGCGAGGCAACUCUAGCCGGAUCGUUUGGAAUUCCAAUGGUGUCAUACUACUGUCCGGAAACAGUGGUAUCAAACAAGUACCAAUACCCAACGUUCGCCCGCACGCGACCACCGGACUAUCAGAUCUCAAAGUCACUCGCAGCGCUGCUGAAAUACUUCAACUGGACGACUGUAGCCGUGCUCAGCAGUGACGCGUCCGAUUUUAGCAACGUCGCUACUACUAUCAUCAAGAUUCUGAAGGCGUCUGGCAUUGACGUGGCGACACACAGGACCUGGCAAGGAACGUAUUACCACGAUUUCACCGAAAACCCCUUCGUUAAGCUGGUCGAAGAGACUUUAAUGGACGCAAGAAUAUAUGUUGUCAUCGGGAAGCAGACAGAGUACAUAGGAUUGAUGACAUACAUGGAGGAGAGACAACUCCUCAACGGCGACUAUUUUGUCGUUGGGGUUCAUUUUGAUCAGUACAACCCUGAAGAUCCAGAGGAAUACAUAAAGGGUGUGCUACAGACGCACGUUGACACGCGCAGUCGCAGAGCCUUUCAGUCUUACAUCGGGAUCAUCAGCUCCGCGCCCGUGUACCCGGCGUUCCAGCACUUCUCGGCGAAGGUAGACAGUUACCUGGAGUCGCCACCGUUCAGCCACCCCAACCCGUUUAAGACGAAGGGACUGGAUGUCCCUCGAAAGAUCAACCAGGGGGCGGCACACCUUUACGACGCAGUCUACCUAUAUGCUCGGGCUGUGCAUCAGGCAGAAGCCAACCACGAUGAUCCACUCAAUGGUCACGUUUUGAUCAAUUACAUGAAAGAGCAGACGUAUCUGAGUGCGAUGGGAUACAUGACGUCGACGGACGAGAAUGCUGACGCGAAAGGCAACUACACGCUAAUUGCGUUCAGUCGGCUUCCGGGAGCGGAAGCGCGAUACGGCCUGACGCCCGUGGGCACGUUCGAGCAUAUGGAGCCAGGCGAGGGUGAAACAAUCGGCCUUCCGGUAAGAUAUCGUCUAAGAAUUUACGACCGCAUCCCGUGGCGCGGUAGGGGGCCGCCAGCCGCCGUGCCAGCGUGCGGCUUCCGUGGCGUGAGCUGUCCGAACAACAACAUCGUGGGUCAGAUCUCUGUGUGAGAGAAGAAGAAGCUGCAGACGAAGAACGUUAACCCUAGCAGCCGCUGGGAGACGCCGCGGCAGCAGCUGUUCAUCGCGGCGAAAUCCCACUAUAUUGAUAACGCGAACUUAUAACGAUAGCGACAACGUCACGUUACCAUGAUUAUUGUGAGACAUAAUUUAAGGUAAGUUGUGAAGAUGUAGAACGCGCUUUGGGAAAGUGUUUACCUAUAGAUGUAAAUAUGAGAGGCAGUGUAGACUUCUUGGAUCCGUAUAGCUAAACAUGAUUAUUUUAUUGUCGUAUAAAUUAUGGAAGAACAGUACCGCCAGUCGAUGCUAUAGUUAAGGUUAUCGUUAUGAUUAAAAACAUGUGAGAACAUUUUACGCUAUACGUGGGUAUGGAGUUCUGACUGUUCUGAUAGCCCGGUGGUAUUAACUAUUGAGUUUAAAUCGCCAUUAUUAAUCCUAUAGUUGUUUCCAACAUGCAGAAACUGGCCUUAUGCUAAUGUAAUUCAUGUCCGUGUAAAAAUUAGAGCUAUGUACUUGUUAUUUGUAAGGGCUUAAUCCUGAUAGUAUCUUAUGCAUUUGAUUAUUAUUGCGCACUACUCAUUGCACUGUACGCUUGAAAAUAAAAUCGGUGAGAUCCAGGUACGCACGUAGCAGUGAAUAUUGAUUGACACCAGCGCAAUCACGUAGUGACACCUUUAAUUUCUCUAUCGCUGUUGAAAUGCCUACAGAAAUUAAGUUAUACGAUUUGUCAAUUGAUUGCACCAGCUAUCAUUUAACGGGAAAUGACCCGUAGGGACGUAGAGUGCAAUUUGCACAUUGUGCGAAUAUUGUCAAGAUAAACGAUAUAUACAUUUUGGGAGUAAAGACGGUUUGAAAGGCGGAACAGGUGGAAUAGGCGCCUGAAAUGUGACGCGCGCUGAUGAAAUGGGGGCAUGUUUAUUGCGCUUGACAAUGUCGACGUUAUUUUCUAUCGUAUUUGAGUUACAUGAUAAAUUCUAACAGCAUUCUAAAGCGAUUUUACCAAAAACGAAAUUAAAAUGUAACGAAAUUACAAUUCGAAGGCGCUGUAACGUUAAAUGACGCUUAUUGUCCAGCCAUUUCAUUAACUCUGUAUAUUCCUGCUGUUCUUCCUCUUGCCAAUAUCCGCCGACCAUUUUCACCGGACCGAAGUUACUGUCGGUGCUAAUUUGUCGGAUAUACACAUUCUAGAGACCUAUAUGCUUGAGUAUAAUGACAUUUUAUGUUAAUGCGAAAUCUAUAUGUGCAUAAUAUAUAGCGCAAACGAAAACGUAUAUGGGCCUUGCCAUUAUUGUACCGGGCAUGAUGAAGUAUUAAUUAUUAUCACCGCUUGUUGAUGAUAAUGGGUUAAAAGUUUAUAAUUGUGGUGUAUAAGAUUAAUAUCGUAGCACAAUUGUGUUGCAGCUUUGGAUGUAUCAGAGUUUUAUUUUCGCAAGUGUGCUGCAUAUUCUUGGAUUGUAAAUAAUAUUUAUUUUGGAAACGGCUUGUAGUGUUUGCAGCAGUACUAAAUGAAUAAAGGAUAUACUGACUCA